UCUCCAGGCGGCCAGAACCCUCCACAUUCCAACGUGGGUUCCACAGGAGGGGGUCCUUCGUGUCAGGGCUUCCAGACACUGCCUGAAAAAAACAAUUUUUCUUCAAGGGGCCGUUACUGCUAUUAAAACAAAAAAUCGGAAAUUAAAAAAAAUCACCAGUCGCGCUGAAAGAGAAACAGAGAGUAGCGGAGACGUUAAAAGAACACAAGGCGGUGAUGUGAGUUAGGCACCGCGUAGGGCAGCUCUCGGAGCCGGGUGCCCGCUUUGUCCCUCGCAAGGAAACAGGCCGGUGGGUGCCAGGGCAGAGGAUGGAGUUCGAGCUCAUGGAGAGCGACAUCCUGGAGUCGUUGGAGGAUCUAGGUUACAAAGGUCCAUUGUUAGAAGAUGGAGCGCUGACUCAAGCAGUCUCUGGUGGAGCCAGUUCUCCUGAAUUUACAAAACUCUGUGCUUGGCUGGUGUCUGAGUUAAGACUAUACUGUAAACUAGAAGAAAAUGUGCAAGCUACUAACAGUCCAAAUGAAGCAGAAGAGUUCCAACUUGAAGUGAGUGGGCUACUGGGGGAAAUGAACUGUCCAUAUGCAUCACUAACAUCGGGAGAUGUGACAAAACGCCUUCUCAAUCAGAAGAACUGCCUCCUGCUGCUCACAUACCUCAUCUCAGAACUGGAAGCUGCCAGAAUGCUCUGUGUGAAUGCCCCUCCAAAAAAAGCACAAGAAGGAGGUGGUAGCGAGGUCUUUCAGGAGCUAAAAGGCAUUUGUAUUGCAUUAGGCAUGUCCAAGCCUCCAGCCAACAUAACUAUGUUCCAGUUCUUCAGUGGAAUCGAAAAAAAACUAAAAGAAACCUUAGCAAAGGUUCCGCCUGGCCAUGUUGGAAAACCUUUACUGAAAAAACCAUUGGGACCAGCUCAUUGGGAAAAAAUUGAAGCAGUUAACCAAGCCAUAGCCAACGAGUAUGAAGUUCGGAGAAAACUGUUAGUGAAACGUUUGGAUGUAACUGUGCAGUCGUUUGGCUGGUCAGAUAGAGCAAAGAGUCAAACAGAGAAACUGGCUAAAGUCUACCAACCCAAACGUGCCCUUUUAACUACCAAGUGCACUAUUUCCAUUGCUCACCUCUUGGCAGCUCGGCAAGAUUUGUCAAAGAUUAUGAGGACAAGCAGUGGGUCUAUCAGAGAAAAGACUGUGUGUGCCAUUAAUAAGGUAUUAAUGGGCAGAGUACCUGACAGAGGGGGCAGACCAAAUGAAAUCGAGCCUCCACCUCCUGAGAUGCCACCAUGGCAGAAAAGACAAGAUGGUCCUCCACAGCAAAGUGGAGGCAGAGGAGGAAGAGGUGGCUAUGAAUCAUCAUAUGGAGGAAGAGGUGGUUAUGAACAAGGGGGUCAUGACAGAGGAGGGCGAGGAGGUUAUGAUUCGUCGUAUGGAGGACGAGGAGGUCACGAACAAGGGGGACAUGAACGAGGAGGUCGAGGAGGAGGACGGGGUGGUUAUGACCAUGGAAACAGAGGGGGAGGAAGAGGAAACAAGCACCAAGGAGGCUGGACAGAUGGCGGAGGAGGCGGCUAUCAGGACAGCAAUUACAGAGAUAGCAACUACAGAGAUGCAGGUUUUCAAACAGGUGGUUACCAUGGUGGCGGUGGUGGCUACCAAGGAGGUGGCUAUGGAGGCUAUCAGUCGUCUUCAUACACAGGAAGUGGAUACCAGGGUGGUGGCGGCGGCAGCAGCGGCGGUUACCAGCAAGACAACAGAUACCAAGACGGUGGGCACCAUGGUGAUCGAGGUGGUGGGCGUGGAGGAGGGAGAGGUGGCCGUGGAGGCCGCGGUGGCCGUGGAGGCCCAGGAGGAGGCUGGGGAGGCAGAGGUGGACAGAACUUUAAUCAAGGUGGGCAGUUUGAGCAGCACUUCCAGCAUGGAGGCUAUCAGUAUAAUCAGUCUGGAUUUGGACAAGGAAGACACUUUACUAGCUGAGGCUACUAAAUCUUACACUUCAGCAGAGCUCAAGUAAUAGAAACCUAGUUUCAGAGGCCUGAUAUAAUGCUUCUUGAAUUAGUACAAGACCAUAUGUGGCAGGCCAAGAUCCUGUCUGGGUGAGAGGUCUUGCUUCAAGCAAACUGUAGGUUCCCAUACAACUCUGAUUUUGUUUUUGUUGUUUGACUGAAAUAAAUAAAAUUGCCACUCUUCACUGGGAUUAACCAAACCUUAAACCAAUAGCUUAGCUUUUUAGAUGGAAUCCCUUUGAUCAAAUCAUUUUGUUCUGAAAUUAUUACCCUCCUGUGUUUGCCUUCCAUUCUGGGGGUAUAUAUACUGACGCUAGCAAUGCUUUUCUGGUCAGACUUGUAAUACACACACACAGCAUUGAAAAUGCAUUAAAUUAUCUUUUACAUGUUCUGCAUUUCUUUUUUUAAAUAUUCUUUAGGUGUAUAUGUUCCAAACACAGUUUUGAGUAUUGCUUUUGAUUUACUACCCUGUCACCUUAAUCAAGAAAAGGUUUCUCACUCAUGCUCUCACAUACCUGCUUUCAAACUGCUUUCUAACUCAUAGGUCUGUUGUAUCUAUUAUAUGAGCUCUACUGCAGAUACCACAUUCAGUAGCCUUAUCUUCCACUAAUUGAAAAUUCUAUCUCCUGCUCAACUCUGGAGAUCUCACCUGCGGCCAGAAUCUGCAAAGAUCAUUUUAAAACCAAGCUAAGUUGUGAACCGAUAGUGUAUGUAGGACUGUAGUUAAGUAUAGCAAUUCAAACUGACCUGCAUCCAUCCAAAACAAGUUGCUCCUCUUAUAAACCUAAUUUUUACUUGAAAUCAGCUAGAAGGAACAGCAAACUGAAAUCUGUUUUAUGCACGAAAUAAUACCACUGGCUCAGCAAAUUCCGGGCAAUUUGUUUUGGGGGUUGCUUUUUUUUUUCUUUUUUUUUUUUUUUUAAUUUUAUUUUUUGAAGAAAUGCACUACGGCCUGGAAAGACUAAUUCCUGCCUGGAGGAAGCCCUUUUACUAUUGCUGCAGAAAAUGAAGCCUGGCUGAGUUUGAUGUCUUGACAUUUUUUUCCUUUACUGAAAGCCACAUAAUGCUUCUUGCUGGGAUUUUGUGUACAUGAACAUUGUCAAGCUGUGAAAGAAAAUGGCUGAAGGUGUGCUGUUGUAUAAAAGGUGAGCAAUAAAAGUAUCUGUAUGUUC